AUGCACAUGCUCGCAGAAUGUGAGAGAAUCCUCGGUGAUGGUCUUCUACGAUUGCCUUCCCAGCACAACUAUCGCUAUGGCCCGAAGGCGGAACGGGACCUGCUAGAGCUUCUCUUCCGGUCGCUCGUGGGGCACAACGACGAGCUCGUAGCUCAUCUAUUCCCGGAUGGCACACCGAAGGGCUCAUGGAAACUGGCCGAAGCUCAAGGUGCUCGUGAAGGAGCCGAGUAUAGCGAGGCGGCGCGAGGCAAGAGAUGCGGUCACAUUUUCCGAGCGGGAGAGGCGACUUAUCGCUGCGUAACUUGUGCUGCUGAUGAUACUUGCGUGCUGUGCAGCCGAUGCUUCGACUCAUCAGAUCAUACGGGCCAUCAGUAUCAGAUUUCGCUCUCGUCGGGUAACUGUGGCUGCUGUGACUGCGGUGACGAUGAAGCCUGGCGGCUGCCGCUUUUCUGCGCGAUACAUACCGAUAGUGGAAAUGUAAAGGGCAAAGAGCGGGCAGAGCGAGAGCUGCCUCAAGAGUUGGUGGCUACAAUUCGAUUGACUAUCUCCCGUGUCCUGGACUACUUCUGUGAUGUCAUCUCUUGCUCGCCCGAGAAUCUGCGUCUGGCGAAGACUAUGGAAGGUAUCAAGCAAGACGAAGAGGCUUCUCGAUUGCGCCCAGGCUGGUAUGGCGCGGGUGACGAGGAGGAAGAAGAACCCGAGUUCGCUCUGAUGCUUUGGAACGACGAGAAGCAUACUAUUCGAGACGUGGCUCAUCAGGUCACCCGUGCCUGUCGCGAGCGAGACAGCUUCGGUGUUGCCCGCGCUCAUGAAACCAACGACAUUGGUCGUAGUGUGAUCAAGUACUCGAAGGAUCUGCAACGGCUGCUGGCAGUGUCCAAGAUCAUUGAGGAGAUCAAGGUGACAGUCUCUGUUCGGUCUGCGCGCGACACUUUCCGGGAGCAAAUGUGCGGUGCGAUCGUUGAAUGGCUGGCAGAUAUUGCUGGCUGUAGUAUUAUGGAUGACAACGAGAUUUUCCGCCAGAUUAUUUGCGAAGAGUUGCUCACCCCAUGGCGCAAGGGGAGUGGCGCUUACAACGCAGAUAUCGGUAUGAAGGGUAUCGAUGACCACCAGGGGACGGAGAACCAACUCCCCGGUCGCACUGUGAUGCUCACUCUCCCUCCUCAUGGCCAGAUAGUGCUUGCGACCACCGACGAAGACGAGGACGAAGAAGGAGAUGAUGGCAAUGAGCAAGAUGAAGAUGAAGACUACGUCGAAGCUCACGAUGAUGCGGACGAUGAAGACGAUGAUAUGGAUAUGGAACUCGCCCGCCUACAAGCUGAAGCAGAUGGAGACGAUGAUGAGGAAAUGGAUAUGGGCAAUGAAGAAGAACUUGCUUUGGCCGAACAAAUCCUGGCAGGGCUGACUCGCGCACAGCUGGCUCCUCGCCCAGCUCCGCAGCCCGUCCCAGAGGAGCCUGCUCAGCAGGAUGAAGCCGCUGCUUCCAACGAGGCCGAGAGCCAGCCAUCCGCUUCCGACAGCUAUGUCUCUAUUCCAAAGACCCCUUCGGGUGUGAUUAGGCCUCCUCCCGCAAGAACUGAAGGUCACUGGCAAGUACGACCUCCCAUGCCGGCUGUCGGUGAGAAGGUUGCGCCUUAUGAAGAUCUCUGGCAACGCACUCGUCUUGACUGGCUGGUUCUCUUUGACCUGCGGUUGUGGAAGAAAACUCGCACGGAUCUGCGGGAUCUCUACAUCAGCACCGUGGUCAAUGUGCCUCAAUUCAAGCGUAUCAUGGGUCUACGACUGUCUGCAUUGUAUACGGCUCUGGCGCAGCUAUAUCUCAUUGCAGACCGAGAACCAGACCACUCUAUCGUUAACCUUUCCCUUCAACUCCUCACAACGCCUUCCAUCACCGAGGAGAUUGUUCUUCGCGGCAAUUUCCUCACCAAGGUCAUGGCGAUUCUCUACACUUUCCUGACGACAAGACAGGUAGGCGAGCCCCAAGCUGUUAACCCGAAUGCCACGUUGGCUUUCGAUGCCGGCUCCGUCACGAACCGGCGGCUGUACCAUUUCUUCCUUGAUCUGCGGUACCUUCUUCAAUCCGAGUAUGUCCAACAUCGUGUGCGGACCGAGGAACAGUAUUUGCCUCAGUUCCUGGAUCUGGUCAAGCUUUCGCAGGGCAUUUGCCCCAACGUACGCGCCGUUGGCGAGCACGUCGAAUAUGAGACAGACGCUUGGAUCAGUGCCUCUAUCUUGAUGCGAGAAAUCAACCGCCUUUGUCGACAAUUCUGCGAAUCCUUCCGUAACCCGGAGAUUGAUAAUGGUCAGAACCUGUUGCGAGCUAUCAAGACGACCACUAUGACCGCAAUCAUCCACUCGGCAGGUGUUGAGCGGAAGCGUUUCGAUCAAGCAGAGAUUAAGGAGGAGGUCAAGUUCAAGACUUUGCCUCCGUUCGAUUUCGAGAUGGGGACAUCUGGUCAAGUUCCUUGCCACCGCGUGGUCGAAUUUGCGGUGGAGAAGGGUUCAAUCAGUUUCCACCAUGCUAUUCACUAUACCCUGUCAUGGUUGAUUGAGUGCGGUCGUGGGGUGAGCAGCGAGGUCAUGCGAAGUGUUCUCUUUGAAGCUGCCCAGAAUGCUAGGGCAGAGCUCCACGCUGCCAAGGUUGCUGGCAAACAAGUCGACGAUAAUCUUCUCGCGCUUGGCCCGGAGGAUCUUCUUCUCACCAUGUUCGACUACCCUCUAAGAGUCUGUGCCUGGCUUGCCCAGAUGAAGGCUGCCAUGUGGGUUCGCAAUGGUCUGAGCCUUCGCCAUCAGGCGUCGCAAUACCGUGGUGUCUCUUCUCGGGACUUUGCCUACUACCGUGACAUCUUCCUGUUGCAGACGGCAAUGGUGACUUGUGAUCCCAGCAGGGUCCUCGCAUCUAUCGCUCACCGUUUCGGCAUGGUUGAUUGGAUGUCUCGGAACUACAUGCCUCGUAAUGGUUUCGAGGAUACUCAGAUUGUCGACGUCGCCGAGGAAUUCGUCCACUUGCUCGUCAUCUUGCUGACCGAUCGCACCUCUUUGACGGCUAUCGAUGACAGCACCCACCUGACCAAGGAGAACAUCAGCCGUGAUAUUGCCCACGUCCUAUGCUUCAAGCCCCUGUCUUUCUCCGAUCUGUCUACCCGUCUAAGUGACAAGUUGCUGGAUUCUGAUAUGUUCCAAGACGUUCUUGAGGAAGUCGCCAACUUCCGCCCUCCAGAGGGUCUGAGCGACUCCGGAACGUUCGAGUUGAAGUCGGAGUAUUUCGAUCUUGUGGACCCGUACAGCGCGCACUACACCAAGAACCAGCGAGAUGAAGCGGAGAACAUUUACAAGGAAUGGAUGGCUAAGAAGACCGGCAAAAAGGCAUCUGACAUUGUGUAUGAGCCGAAGCUUCGACCCAUCAGUUCGGGUGUAUUCUCUGAUCUGCCACGCUUCACGGGCACUAUGCUCUUCGCACAGCUUGUUCACCAGUGCCUUGAGUAUGUCGUUUCAUUCAAGGAAUGCACCCCCGCCAUCCCACCAACUCGCGUGGAGACCUUCCUUCAGGUCAUUUUGCACCUUGUGCUCGCUGCAGUGCUGGAGGACAACUCUGAAGAUGGCAGCAUGGAGACGGAACAAAGCCAGUCAUUCAACUUGCAUGCCUUGUCCAAGGCUCGAGAGAUCAAAGCGGGUAACCUGACCAUUGUCGGUCUACUGGAAAGAAUCUCGGUGACCAACGAAUUCUCUGCAUGCGGUCCUAAGAUUCGUCACAUUCUGAAGCGCCUGUGGCAGAAGCGCCCUCGGACUUAUACUUCAGCCACUGCGUCUCUCAGGUUCCCCUUCGAUCGCAUCGACACGAACUCGCCCGCCAUUGACCUUGAUAACGAAAAGGAAAUCAAGAAGAAGCAGGCCCUGGAGAGGCAAGCUAGAGUUAUGGCCCAGUUCCAGCAACAACAGCAGCAAUUCCUGAACACCCAAGGAGACAUUGACUGGGGCGAAGAAGACUUCAGUGAUUCGGAGCCAGAGGCUCAUACUCCCCACGAGGCUAAGGUUUGGAAGUAUCCUAGCGGGACGUGUAUCUUCUGCCAGGAUGAGACCAGUGAUUCAAGGCUUUACGGUACUUUCGCCUUGAUUCAAGAUAGCACAAUUUUGCGACAGACCGACAUCAGAGACCCCGACAGGAUUCGUGAGGCGCUCAGGACCCCGACGAGCUUGGAUAGAUCUGCUGAUGAGAUCCGACCCUUUGGAGUCUCUGGAGAAAACAGGACGACUAUUCGUCGGCUGGAUUCCUCUGGUGGUGAAGUCAUCAGCGAAAAGGUCGGUCUUAGCAAGGGUUUUAGCCCGAAGAGCACUUUACGUGGACCUGUGACGACCGGCUGUGGCCACAUCAUGCAUUACUCAUGCUUUGAUGUUUACUAUACCGGAACUCAAAGACGGCAUAGCCAACAGAUUGCCCGUCACCAUCCCGAGAAUAUCACGCUUAAGGAAUUUGUCUGCCCUCUUUGCAAAGCACUCGGCAAUGCAUUCCUGCCCAUCACUUGGAAGGGCAAGGAAGUGUCAUAUCCCGGCGCUUUGAAUGCUGCCCUGCCGUUUGAUGAGUGGAUCAGUUCAGGACUCAAGAGCGCCCUGAAUCAGUCGCAGAACUUCCCCGCUCUAAUGAUUGAGAAGGACAAGGCGUACCAACAGCCAUACUCUGACUUGUUCGUCGACUACCUAUCCAAGACCCUGACACCCCCACUCGCUUCCAGAGUCGGUCAGCUCAUGACCUCCUCGCUACCAUCCACUGCGGCAUCUCACCCCAUGACAUCUGCUCCGCGACUGGCUAUGCCGGGUCUUUUCCCUACAGCCAGUGAAGACUUGGCACCAACGAGCCCACUGCAGCAGGUUUCGACGCCUUCAGAUAGCCCCAUGUCGGAGCUUCUGCAGAUCUACAAGCGGCUCAAGAAGACCAUCAAGAUGAAUCACAUCAGCUCCAUCUUCAACAACAGUCCCGAAACCAUGGUCAGUGAUGACCUGGUGCACACGGACUCCUUGAUCCGAAGCUUUGGUUUCAGUAUCUCGUCUGUGGAGAUUGCCCAGCGUGGCGUUGAGUCAGAGCCCGGAUCGACUCUCCUGGACAAGAUUCCUCCCUUGACCUUGACGCAUCUCCGCAUCCUGGCUGAGACGGCUUUGACUUACGCAGCCGUGGGAUGUGUCCACUCAAGCAACAGCCCGAAGAGCCGACCCACCCAUGAGUUCCAAGAAAUGCAUCGGCAGAAGCUCUGCCAACUUCUUGUCGGACAUCCUUGCUUGAGCGGAACGCCUCUGUUGAACGAUGUCAGGAACAUCGAGCCGCUACUUGCUAUGGAUACAUUUGUGUUCUUGGCGGAGUGCUCGCUCUCGUUGCUGCCCGUUCUCCGCAUUGAUGUGCGCCAUCUCGUCCAGAUGUGCUACGUGGCUGAAAUCGUUAAAGUCGCUGUUACCUUCAUCCUCUGGCCUUUGGGUCUGAAGGAGGAGCUUGCUCACCAGGGAGAAAAAGAUCUCGCCGACUCUGAUGUUUCUGACGAUCGGCAUGGUGUGACAAGACACUUCUUCGAUUCCAUCGUUGCGGAACUCAAGGCCAACUCUGUUGGUCGUGCCGAAGGCUCCUCAUUCCCGGCUGAGAGUGGCUACGUCAAGGAUGGAGAGGAGUCAGCUACUUCGAGCAUUAUCAUCGCCCUGCGCCGCCUUGUCUCUAGCUAUGCCCUGACAUUCCUGCGUAAGGCUGUGAUUCUUCUCCAUGUGCAACAUGGUGUUGAGUUCCCCAACACUGGCUUUACUGAUAUCGGCGCGUCGGAACUUGACCGACUGACCAAGACUCUCCACCUGCCUACGCUCGACGAGAUUUUCAUGUCUGUCAGCCCUGCUCGGAAGAGCAACAACCCCUUCGAUGCUGUUAUCUCUGGCUGGAUCUUCCACUGGAACGCUUCGCGCUCGGGCAUCCGCUUCGAAGACCACCGUCUGUGGCCUAGCCUCCCACACCCGGCUAUCUUCGAGCUCGUCGGUCUUCCCAAAUACUUCGACAGCUUGAUUGAGGAAGCUAAUAGACGCCGCUGCCCGAACUCCAAGAAGGAGCUCAGCGACCCGAGCAUUUGUCUCUUCUGUGGUGACAUCUUCUGCUCGCAGGCAGUGUGUUGUAUGCACAACAAGCUGGGCGGCUGCAACCAGCAUCUGCAAAAAUGUGGCAAGAACAUCGGCCUCUUCAUCAACAUCCGCAAGUGCACCGUGCUCUACCUGCACAACCACAACGGCUCAUGGCACUAUGCCCCUUACCUCGAUCGCCACGGCGAAGUUGACCCCGGCCUCCGCCGCAAUCGCCAACUUAUCCUUAACCAAAAGCGGUACGACCGACUCCUGCGCGACGUAUGGCUGUCACACUCGAUCCCUGCCACGAUCAGCCGCAAGCUGGAAUCGGAGAUGAACAAUGGCGGAUGGGAAACGAUUUAA